CUCAAGGUUGGCUGUCGUGCCGGAUUUCUGGCCAGCAGGCAUUGGAAUCACUGGAACGGCGCAAUGAGACGUUUCCUCGUGAACAGGCCUGCCACGGACAAUGCAGGAAACCCUGGGAUGCUCUUUGGGUGCGUUAAUUCUCUAUGAUUUUCGGCUUGUAGAGAGUUUCGGGACGCAACUUAUCUACCCCUCCUUGUAGGUCCUCGCCUGGAGUAGCGAACUCGUCAGACACACAAGCUUUCGGGAUGCCAUUCUCAAAGCCGUCGAAUGUGGUGUACCCCAGCCAAUACUCGCAAAACAUAUCAGCCUCAUACGCAAGCGCCUCACAAGGCUCUCAGGUUCGUUGGGGCCUGAAUUUGCACUAAUGCCGUUUUGAGGUCGAAUUUUGCAUGUAUCAACUUCUCUCAGCGACAGGUGUCUCAGGGGACGGCGCAACCGUCGGUCUCUCUUCAGAGGUACUCAUCACAGCCCCUGCUGCACGUGAAGAAUCGGCAGGACCGUGGUUCCAAACCUUCCACUUUGACUUCACUUCAGAGAUUGAUACCGCCGUGCAGUGAGUAACUCAUAAGGGUUCUGACAAUGCUUUUUAAAUGUAUAGCUUUAUCAAACAUCACUGGACAAUUUGCAGAUUGCAAUGAAGAAACGAACCAGAAAUUUGAGACCCUGUGCAACCGAAUUGUUGGAAUCGUUGAUGACAUUUCGCAGAUGAAGUCCGACUUGGGGCAUUUGAAAGACCACUCAAGUAUGCUGCAUUGAUACCGUCUUGCUUUAAUUUUGUUGCAAACACGCUAACGUGCUUGACCCGUUGCAUGCAGGUGAAAAACUAGAGGGCCGCUUUCAGCAGCUCAUCGUUCAAACGGUAGGGCUGUCUGAUCAUGUUUGUAGAUUUAACUCGUGCUGAAACAUUUUCCUUCGGAAUCAGGUGGAGUCAGCAAUUCAGAGAGGCAUGAGAGAACUUCGCUCAGAGAUGUCUAAUAACAUGGAUGCCAGCAUGUUGAGGAGUCAACAGCGUGUAAGUGCUAUUUGUUGUAGUUUUCUCCCUUGAGAUUACUUAAUUUCUUGAUUUUUGUUCAGGAAGAAAAGGAAACAAAUACUCUGGCGAAGGUGGAUGACAGACGGGAAUAUCCCCAGCACUAUUCACAUGGACGUGAUCACUUGAAAAGGCGUCCUCAAGGAAAGAUGACUGACUUCAUGCAGGUACCACGAGUUUUGCUCUCUUGCGUUCUACUUCUCGCCCGCUGCCUCAUUGCCCACUCACACAGUAUUGUUUUACAGGUGACGAAGAACCAAAACCAUGAAAUGAUGCAACUAAGGUGUGAGGCUCUCAUGCCGUUUUGAGUGUUCAGUGUGCUUGCUGCCUUCGCGUGCUUCAUCUGUGUCGUUUCUGGCAGCCCUAUCUGUCUGAGCAUUCCUAGAGGCGAGACCACUGGAGAGGCUUGGCCAGUGACACUGCAGAAUCAGCAAAACUGGAUAUCAGAGCAAGCUGAGUUCACGAAUAUGAUGCCAUGCCCACCAGCACUUGAGGAUCCACUUUCUUUAGAACAACCAAGCAAGAAGAAAACUUCAAUGGCAAAGAGGAAACGGGCAGCCAAAGGGAAGCAGCACAAGAUUGACGAAUACAGCUCUUUCCACGUGCCUUCUGAGACGAAUUUCCCCAAGGGCCGCAUGGAAACUGUGGUGGCAGAUGUGGACUCAUCAUUCUGCACCAAGGAAGAUGCGGAUGCAGUGAAGAAGAUGGUGUUGAGAGCAAGGAAGAAAAGAAAAGUGAUCAUGCAGUGAAGAACAGUCGAAGACCAGAGAUGGGGUUGCUUGCGAGCGCCUCAUGUGAUAGUGCCAUGCUGCCAGCGUGUGAAAUUCUAUGUUGCUACCGGUUUAUGUCAGUGUGCCAUAGUUCGUGCA